AUGCAACUCAUUCGAGUGAUCAUUGCCCUGGGUGCCCUCGCUGCCCCUAUUCUUGCGGCACCCAUCGACUCGAAGGCCGAUGUAAAGCCACGAUGGUUCGACCUCAGCCCCUCAAUUGCCUCUUUCGGUGACGAAGGUCCGGUCGAGGACGCCGAUGCUGGUGCUUCUGACGAGGCAGCGAAAGCUAGGCGCAGAUGGUUUGACCUGAGCCCUUCCAUUGCCUCCUUUGGCGAUGAAGGUCCGGUUGAGGACUCUGAGGCCGGUGAAGCUAUCACCGAGUAA